ACUUUCGAUAUGGUUAAAGUUACUAUUUGUGGUGCUGCAGGUGGAAUCGGUCAACCUCUCUCGCUCCUGAUGAAGCAAUCAAAUGACAUAGAUCACCUUUCAUUGUUUGAUAUUGCUAAUGCUAAAGGUGUCGCUUCUGAUAUCAGUCACAUUAAUACUCACAGCAAAGUUACCGGCCAUAAUGGACCUCAAGAAGUAAAAGAGGCACUUGAAAAUUCAGAUAUAGUUCUUGUUUCAGCUGGUGUACCACGUAAACCUGGCAUGGAAAGAGAUGAUCUUUUCAAGGUGAACGCAGGCAUUGUCAGAGACAUCUGUACUUCCAUCGCAACUUAUGCACCUAACGCACUUGUAUGCAUCAUUUCAAAUCCAGUAAAUGCUACUGUUGUUGUUGCAUCCGAAGUGUUCAAAAAGUACGGUGUAUAUAACCCACGCAAAAUAUUCGGUGUUAAUACUUUGGAUAUUAUCCGUUCAUCUUCCUUCUUGGCAGAAUUAAUUCAUGCCGAUCCCGCUAGUAUCGAGGUUCCCGUCAUUGGUGGUCAUAAUGGUACAACCAUUAUUCCUAUCUUCUCACAGGUUGAGAGCGCCAAAAAUUUGAGCGAAGAAGAAAUUGCUCAGAUCACAAAACGUGUUCAAUAUGCAGGUGAUGAGGUACUUAAAGCGAAAGAAGGCAAAGGCACUGCGACUUUAGCUAUGGCACAUGCUGGCGCUCGUUUUGCUUUAAAACUAGUGGAUGCUGUUGCAAACAAUGUUACUCACACAGAGUGCUCCUAUAUCAGUCUUCUGGCUGACCCUGAAGGGUCUAAAGAAAUGGAGCGUAUCUAUGGACAGAUAGGAUACUUUGCUGUUCCUAUUGAGCUUGGCAAAGAGGGCAUCAAGCGAAUCAUUCCUAUCAAGAAAAUUUCUACUGUCGAAUUCACUAUGCUUCACCAUGCUGUUAUUGAGUUGAAGGCGAGUAUCGCUCAAGGUGUGCAAUUUUCUGAAGGCCAACAAUAAUAAUAAGAAAAAAAAAAACGCUUAAUACUCAACUCUUUGGUAUGAAUCCGCUUUUAACUAUGUAAUAAAUAAAACGACCUUUAACCUCUUGC